UAAACCUGGUGGAAGUCGUUGGAGAAACUCUGCGUUUAACCACAUUACCCACCGCUAGAAUUAGCUUUCUAAAGGACGCUAGGGUUACAAUUCUGUUGUAUCUAUCGAUAGUUGCAAUUUUGUAGAGAGAUGUUUCCAAACUUUAGCUCCGACUACGAUUCUUCGUCUCGCUGCAGUACUGCAUCUCCUGCCGGGGACACCCUUACGUAUUAUCAGCAGUCACCGGCUGAUUCGUUUUCCAGCUCUUCUGCUUCUCCGAUGGAGAAGACACAGCAGGAACUCUGUACAGAAAUAGAUGUUUCUGGGGUUUCCUUUGUUCCGACUGUCACUGCGAUCUCAACUACCCCGGAUUUGCAGUGGAUGGUCCAGCCGACCAUGAUCACGUCUGUCUCCCCUUCUGUGGGUACAGCUCAAACCUAUAAAGCACAGAGCUCUGCCCAGACGACUAAAGCCAGCGCGAGCAGGGGACAAACCACUGCCAGAAAGGGGAAGACUGAGCAGCAGCUUUCUCCAGAAGAGGAGGAAAAGAAGAGGAUCAGGAGAGAAAGGAAUAAAAUGGCUGCAGCAAAGUGCCGCAACAGACGGAGGGAACUCACAGACACACUGCAAGCUGAGACUGAUAAGCUGGAAGAAGACAAGGCAGCUCUACAGACAGAGAUUGCCAACCUGCUGAAGGAGAAAGAGAAGCUGGAGCUCAUUUUGGCUGCUCACAAACCAGCGUGCAAAAUUGCAGAGGACCUAGACUGUAUCUUCCAGGAACCGAUAGGUUCCCCCCAGUUGCUCUCUGCUCUGGGAAAUGGAAAGCUCCCUGAAGAUAGCUCAGUGGAGCCUUCCCUGCUUCAGGACUCUGAUGCCACCAGCUUCCCUACCACUGCCAUCUCUGGGAACUCCAACAUACUGCUCUGCUCCAGUGCCGAGGUGAGCAUCUGUGACCUAGAGCCUUCCCUAGAUGUUAAGGAAGAGCCCUUGGAGGACCUUCUCCCUGGCAUGGAGAAGAAUGCCCUGGAGACAGCCCGCUCUGUCCCGGACAUUGACCUAAGCAGCUCCUUUGGGGUGACAGAUUGGGAAACCCUCUACAAAUCAGUGUCCAGCGAUCUGGAGCCCCUGACUACCCCUAUUGUGACUUCCACCCCCACCUGUACAAGUUACCUAUCAGCAUUCGCAUUCACCUACCCGGAGCUUGACUCGCUGGUGGACGGGAUCGACAGCCGCAAAAGCGGAGUGGGCAAAACCGACUCAGUAGUAGAUAUUCUCAACUCUCCAACCCUUUUGGCCUUAUGAUAAAGAUGUUGUUAUAAGGAAUGCACUGGACAGUAUUUGACAACUACAGUCCACAGGAUCUGAUGUCAUCCAAUGUGAUGUGGUGUCUGAAGUUAUCUGCUGUGAUUCAAGCCUUUGAUCCAGUGGUUGCAUCCAUGAGAUGUUUACUGUGACCAAGCCAGUAUUAACUUCUUCCAGAUACAUUUGAUGUAGCUAAAAGCAUGGAUAUUAAUUUCCCUGACAGAAAUGUUAACUAUGGUCUGGUAUUAAAUGCAUGCAGAAAAGUGCCAUAUAAUUUCAGAAUUGCAUUAUUUUUGUUUUAUGGUGCUAGAUCUUUUGUUGUAUUGUGGAGCUAUUGAC